GCAGUGGCGCGGAUCCCCGGAAGAACCCGCAGCAGCUCCCAGGAUGAGCUGGUUGCAGUGGCUGCUGCUGCUGCGGGGGCGCUGAGAGGACACGAGCUCUAUGCCUUUCCGGCUGCUCAUCCCGCUCGGCCUCCUGUGCGCGCUGCUGCCUCUGCACCAUGGUGCGCCAGGUCCCGACGGCUCCGCGCCAGAUCCCGCCCACUACAGGGAGCGAGUCAAGGCCAUGUUCUACCACGCCUACGACAGCUACCUGGAGAAUGCCUUUCCCUUCGAUGAGCUGCGACCUCUCACCUGUGACGGGCACGACACCUGGGGCAGUUUUUCUCUGACUCUAAUUGAUGCACUGGACACCUUGCUGAUUUUGGGGAAUGUCUCAGAAUUCCGAAGAGUGGUUGAAGUGCUCCAGGACAAUGUGGACUUUGAUAUUGAUGUGAACGCCUCUGUGUUUGAAACCAACAUUCGAGUGGUAGGAGGACUCCUGUCUGCUCAUCUGCUCUCCAAGAAGGCUGGGGUGGAAGUGGAGGCUGGAUGGCCCUGUUCCGGGCCUCUGCUGAGAAUGGCUGAGGAGGCGGCCCGAAAACUCCUCCCAGCCUUUCAGACCCCCACUGGCAUGCCAUAUGGAACGGUGAACUUACUUCAUGGCGUGAACCCAGGAGAGACCCCUGUCACCUGUACGGCAGGGAUUGGGACCUUCAUUGUUGAAUUUGCUACCCUGAGCAGCCUCACUGGUGACCCAGUGUUCGAAGAUGUGGCCAGAGUGGCUUUGAUGCGCCUCUGGGAGAGCCGGUCAGAUAUCGGGCUGGUCGGCAACCACAUUGAUGUGCUCACUGGCAAGUGGGUGGCCCAGGACGCAGGCAUCGGGGCUGGCGUGGACUCCUACUUUGAGUACUUGGUGAAAGGAGCCAUCCUGCUUCAGGAUAAGAAGCUCAUGGCCAUGUUCCUAGAGUAUAACAAAGCCAUCCGGAACUACACCCGCUUCGAUGACUGGUACCUGUGGGUGCAGAUGUACAAGGGGACUGUGUCCAUGCCAGUCUUCCAGUCCUUGGAGGCCUACUGGCCUGGUCUUCAGAGCCUCAUUGGAGACAUUGACAAUGCCAUGAGGACCUUCCUCAACUACUACACUGUAUGGAAGCAGUUUGGGGGGCUCCCGGAAUUCUACAACAUUCCUCAGGGAUACACAGUGGAGAAGCGAGAGGGCUACCCGCUUCGGCCAGAACUUAUUGAAAGCGCAAUGUACCUCUACCGUGCCACGGGGGAUCCCACCCUCCUAGAACUCGGAAGAGAUGCCGUGGAAUCCAUUGAAAAAAUCAGCAAGGUGGAGUGCGGAUUUGCAACAAUCAAAGAUCUGCGAGACCACAAGCUGGACAACCGCAUGGAGUCGUUCUUCCUGGCCGAGACUGUGAAAUACCUCUACCUCCUAUUUGACCCAACCAACUUCAUCCACAACAAUGGGUCCACCUUCGACGCGGUGAUCACCCCCUAUGGGGAGUGUAUCCUGGGUGCUGGGGGGUACAUCUUCAACACAGAAGCUCACCCCAUCGACCCUGCCGCCCUGCACUGCUGCCAGAGGCUGAAGGAAGAGCAGUGGGAGGUGGAGGACCUGAUGAGGGAAUUCUACUCUCUCAAACGGAACAGGUCGAAAUUUCAGAAAAAGACUGUGAGUUCGGGGCCAUGGGAACCCCCAGCAAGGCCAGGAACACUCUUCUCACCUGAAAACCAUGACCAGGCAAGGGAGAGGAAGCCUGCCAAACAGAAGGUCCCUCUUCUCAGCUGCCCCAGUCAGCCCUUCACCUCCAAGUUGGCAUUACUGGGACAGGUUUUCCUAGACUCCUCAUAACCACUGGAUAAUUUUUUUAUUUUUAUUUUUUUGAGACUAAACUAUAAUAAAUUGCUUUUGGCUAUCAUA